AAAUCAUUAAUAUAUGUUUAUGUUUAUGAAAAGGGGGAAAGAAUAUUUUCUUAUAAAAAAGAGGUUAACAAUGAAAACUUUGGAAGUCAUCAUUUUACAUCAUGCUCGGUUAUUUCAAAGAUCUGUAAUUUCAUUAGCAUGGGAACUCUCUCCAGUGAAGCUUAUUGUAAUCUUCCAUCUGUUAUUAAAUGUUAAAUACAGUUUCUGUAUUUAAAAAAAAUAAUAAUCAUAGUUUUGUAGUCAAGCUGCUGAAGAGAAUCUCCAAGUUUAGUUAGUCUAGUCUUUGGACAACCUAUACUCAAUUCACAUCAUACCACUGCCUAAAUAAUUGGAAUAGUGAUAUAAAUUAAAAUAAUAAUAAUAAAAUAGGGGGAAAGAAAUGUCUAUUUGGAGAGAGAAUUCUUAAUCGGAGAAAAAUUGCCGGAAAUAGAAGUGUUUUGAUUACAAUACAUACACAAAGGUUUUAUUUUUUAAAAUAGUCUUUAAAAUAAAAAGAAACAAAAUUUCCAAAGAAUAUUUGUUUCAUUUAUGUUCAUGUAUCAUUAUUUAUACCGCUAGUUAUAAAGUUGUGUGGCUUUAAACUUCAAUAUGUACACGAUAUAAAAAUGAAAAUUUUCGUUUUAAAGUCGUAGUUUCUUUUUCACCUUCGAUAGCAAAGCCAUUCACCGUCGAUUUCAGACUAAUUUUCUAACCUGAAGAUUUUUUUAGCUGCUACUUAAUAAAGAAAUAACCAUUUACGCAAAACAAGACUCGGGAUGUGCCUGAGUCCAUCCUUUGCCGCACCUUACUCCCUGGACUGGAGGAACCAAUCAGCACACACGUUGUUAAUCGCCUGCCGUGGGCCAGACAUUGCGCUAAGCUUUAGAGUCACGGAGCCAAAAAUUAAAGUGUCUGCCCUCGGGGAGCUUACGUUCUAAAGGAGGAAACAACGGAGACACGGAAACACUCCGGUGGAAUACGGCAGAUGGGCCCGGGUGGUUGGGCGAAGUACGUGGCAUCUGCUCCAGCCCGUGGUACGGCUGGAGAAUAAAGGGAGUCUGUCCACCGGCCCGCGGGGAGAGCAGGGCUAAAUGCUCCUGUGCGCAUGCGUGUGGCAUUCUCGCCUGUCAAUCACCAUUAGCAACGAGUCUCCCGGAGUGAAAGUUCUGAACGCGCGCGCGCGCCACUGGGAGAAAAAUCGCUCCUGAGCCCGGUUCGGCGAUCAGGGCGGAGGGAGACGUCAGACCGUGCCAGAUCAUUUCCGCUCAUGUGAGGGCUCGGGACCAAUGAGGCGCAGGGACGGCGGGGUCGCGAGCCUCCGUUCUCCAUGGCAACAGGCGGCUUCUAAACAGCUUCCCUUCUCUGGCCUCCGUCGGCCCCCGGAGUUGUCGCUGUCGUCUUCGGUCUUUUCCCCUCAGAGCUGAUCGACUCUCGCUCGCCAUGGCGGAAUUGGGUCUAAAUGAUCACCAUCAAAAUGAAAUAAUCAAUUACAUGCGCUUUGCUCGUUCAAAAAGAGGUUUGAGACUCAAGACUGUAGAUUCCUGCUUCCAGGAUAUCAAGGAGAGCAGGCUAGUAGAUGAGACCUUCACCAUGGAUGAAGUAACUGAAGUUCUGAAUGAAUUACAGGCUGUGGUUCAUAGUGAGGUAGAGUCCGAGCUCAUCAAUACUUCUUGUACCAAUGUGUUACUACUUCGGCAGCUGUUUUCACAGGCGGAGAAGUGGUAUCUUAAGCUACAGACAGACAUCUCAGAGCUGGAAAACCGAGAAUUAUUAGAACAAGUUGCAGAAUUUGAAAAAGCAGAGUUUACUACUUCAAAUAAAAAGACUAAUUCAGAAAACAUGAAGCCAUCAAGACUUGUUCCACUUAAUGAAGGGGGAACAUCAGAGCUGCUAAACAAGGAAAUUAUAAGACUUCAGGAAGAAAAUGAAAAAUUAAAAUCAAGAGUAAAGACUAUAGAAUUGCAGGCUACAAAUGCACUGGAUGAAAAAUCAAAACUAGAGCGAGCGCUGAGAGAUUUACAAAUUGUCCAGGGAGAUACGAAGGCAAUAAUCAGAUCAAAGGAUAUUAGUGACUUGGAAAAUACAGUUGAAGCACUAAAGAAUGAGUUUCAGAAGACAAUAAAUGAUACUUCUGAAAAUCAGAAGACUUUGGAGGAAAAUUUAGUGUCAACAAAGCAUGACCUACUUAAGGUUCAAGAACAACUGAGUGUGGCUGAAAAGGAGCUGGAGAAGAAGUUCCAGCAGACAGCAGCGUACCGCAGCCUGAAGGAGAUUCUCACCAAGAAGAAUGAGCAAAUUAAAGACCUGAGGAAAAGACUCUCAAAAUAUGAAACUGAAGAUUGAGGAAUAUGAAAACUCUGUGAUCUGUCUGGAAACUGCCAGAAAGUGACAGUGUAGAUGUGGAGAUCUUCAAAUGUGGACUUGAAAGGGCCUGGACCCACUUUCCUCUUUUUCUAAUGUUAAAAUGAGUUGGACCACCUUUGGUUUGUUUUAGGCAAUAUUGGGGGUGGGGUAUUGUUAAUUUUUGCUUUUCAAGUAAAAGGUUUUCUGUUUUCAUUUGUUUUAUUGGAAAGAAAACAGCAGUGAUUCUUAUCACUAUCACAUCCAAAGUUUCUCUUAGGUAUUUAGGUAAUAAAAGUCUCUUCUGUACAUAGAAUUUCCUUUGAAAAUAGUGAGAGUUCUUUCUCAGUAUAGAAAAGGUUUUGUUCUGGGAAAGGGACAAAGAAUCUUGCUCUUUUGUCAUAAGUGUUAAAAAUUAUAUCUUUUGUAUAACUAUUAAGGAAGCUGAUAACAUACAUAUAUGCAUUCCCCAAGGGAAAAAGAAGUACAAGGAGUUAUUUCCAAAUAACUGAAUUUAUUUUUAUUAAAAGUUGAAUUUAAAGCAUUUUUAUGGACUUUUUGUAGCAGGAGACUAUCUGUCAUUGGAAGUCUAAAUCUAAACCAGCCAUCUUUCGUCUCCAUGAAUUACAUGUUUCACACUCCAGGUAGUGUCUAUGAUGUCCCGGUAGGAUCCUUAGUGGGAUUGUGAGAGAUCUUACCAAGAGCCUUUUCAGUCAUUUUUUCCAAAAAAGAGACAAGUCAGCUCUGCAAGGAAUUGGAGCUCUGUCAGAGUGUUGAUAAUUAUUAGAAAAAUAAACAUAAGACAUCAUUUUUAGUUUUUGGUGCUUAGAAUUUUCUCUUGAACUACAUGCUAAGAAUAUUUUUUUCAAAACUAUAUUAGCCCCCAAAAAACAAACUGUAUUGCAUAAGCUGUCAAAGAAAGCCUAAGAACUAAUUUUUUUUUACUCCACAUUACAUAGGAUGCACACCGUGUCAUAAACUGGGAAAUAUACUCCCAACUCUUCUUCCUCUUGCUGGAUGACUUUGCAUUGAUCAUCGGACAGUGUGUGCACAUAUUAUAUCAUCUCGAAAAAUAAUUUCUGAUCAUUUGUACAAUAGAAUAAGGCCCAGGGAACAUUUUUAUUUUCUUAACAGAAAUCUAGCGUUGAACCUACUCCUAUGAAUAUACUUGGUUAUUCAGCAAGUUAAUUGGUCACGUUUAGCUCACAAAUUAGCUCUUCAGGAAACCGAAUGUUUCACUCAUGCCUAAAACACACUGCCUGAAGAGAGGUAAUUCAUUGCCUCAAAAUGAUCAUUUUCUCCUAGAAAGAAACGUGUUUUCACAUAUUAGUCUCAAAAUGUAUUCUAAUUUGUUUUGAAAAAUAUAAAAAUAUUUUUAUAAAAAAUUCUAUUCUUGACUUUUUUUUGAAAUCAAGAAUAAAAUUAGCUGAAUUUUCCCAAGAAGAGUACAAAGUAACUGCUAAGGGAUCUGCAAAGAGGAAGAAAAAUAGACUUUUCAAUGUGCUUUUAUCUUGGAUUUUGGCCUCUUAUAUUAUGACUCUAUGAUGCAGCCUUCCCAAUGUCCUUUUGAACUCUCUUGUUGAAUACUAAACACACGUCUUUAUAAUAUUGUCUGAAGACCUAUUAACAAUUUACAUUAAAGCCUAGAUGCUAACCUGGGAACAAAAACUUGAUCUUUCCAAAGCUGGGACUAAAUUCUUUUACUAAGAUGGUUUGAGGCCGAUGGCAAGAGAAGCCAUGUGUGUGGAUACGUUUAUCCCUGUAGAACUGUUUAGCCCUACUUUGAUUUUUUGCUAGCUUCUCAGUAAUAAUUCUGCAGAGCAUCAUAAUGAUACAUAAUGUCGCAUCCAUCGGCCAACAAAACGCCUUAUUUCUGUACUCUUCCAAUCUCGCCACACCCACCACAAGGUAAACUAGUCUGCUUGUUAUUUGGCAUAGAUCAGAACACCACUACUGCUUUGUAGUCUGAGCUGGAAUUCUGUAUUUAACAAUCUCUAGCAAAAUAAAAUGUAAAAUUCUCGUUUUCCUUGUAAAUUUUAGCUUUGAUGGAGGUUUCAUUUAACAAAGAAGUUUUCUUUUUCUUUUUUAGGUCUCUGUGUUUUCCACUUUUAAGAAUGUUAGAUCAACCUUUUGAGUGACAUUCCACUCAAUAAUAAUGCUUAUUUUAUUCCUAGCUUCCUAAUCUCACAGCAUCUACUCUAAAAGGACAAGUUUUCUGCUCAGUUGUAAUGACUCAGACCUCUAUAGACAGAAUCAAAAAGUAAAGGAGUCCUCGUGUAAAUUUCUUCUGUUCACUAUAUAUUUAUCUUUAUUGUUUCAUAUCAUGUACAACAUCUUUAAUCUGUGUGUAUUAAAUAAAUAUUACAUCUCUUAAAGUAAAA